AUGAAAAGCAAUCUACCAGUCCUCCCUGAACGGAGGCUCUUCAUCGCAAUAUCUGCCAUCGCACUCAUCGGCGCCGGCCUCCUUCUAUUCACCUUCAUCGGCCCCGAUAACACUCGGUUCUUCUGCAACCAGCCCACCGCCGAUAACUUCCAUCCCAUGACGGCUCCGAUGCAACUCAAAGCCAUCCUCCACUACGCCACUUCUCGAAUCGUCCCUCAACAAUCCUUCUCCGAAAUCACCGUCUCCUUCGACGUUCUCCGAUCGAUUUCCCCUUGUAAUUUCCUCGUUUUUGGGCUCGGUCAUGAUUCAUUGAUGUGGGCGUCGUUUAACACCGGUGGAAAAACACUUUUCCUUGAAGAAGAUCCGACGUGGGUUCAGACUGUUCUGAAAGACGCUCCAGAUCUCAACGCCGCCGUCGUUAAGUACCGGACAAAGCUCUCCGAGGCCGACGAGCUUAUGAAUACGUAUCGAUCGGAACCGGAAUGUGCUCCAUCCAAAUCUUACAUCCAGGGAAACACUCGAUGCAGGUUAGCACUCACAAGUUUACCUGAUGAGGUUUACAAUAAGGAGUGGGACAUGAUAAUGAUAGAUGCGCCGAGGGGUUACUUUGCGGAGGCGCCGGGGAGGAUGGCUGCGAUUUACUCCGCCACUGUGAUGGCGAGGAACAGGAAAAAAUCCGGCGUGACGCACGUGUUUUUACACGAUGUUAAUCGGAAGGUGGAGAAAGAUUAUGCGAAUGAGUUCUUGUGUAAGAAGUACCUAAAGCAUGCUGUCGGACGAUUGUGGCAUUUUGAGAUACCACCGGCAAGUAACAUCACCGGCGGGAACGACGGUCUGGAGAAGGAGUUAGAGGAGUUUGAUCGGGUUUUAGAAGAGUAUAAUGCAUUUUCAGUGAAAGAGGUCAAGAGGAGUGUGUCGGCAACGGUGGCGGUGGAUAAUGGUGGUUCUGUGGAGGCUAAAGCCGCAUUGUAUUGGACGACAUUAGCGCUAAAUGUUGAGGAUUACAGUGGGUCUGUUGCGAGGAUGAUUGUUGCGGGAUCAGAUCAGUUAAUCAAGGGAAUUUUGUGGUGUGGGGAUGUGAUGGUGGAUCGAUUAAAAUGGUGA